CUUAUGACUGACUUUGACGAUGACAUUCCGCGAAGUAUAAACAGCAAACGGAAGCAGAAAUGGCGUACGCCUAAACAGGAACCACUUGAUCACAGACUCAGCGCAGAUGAAGAAGACGAUGAAGAAGCCAGUAAUGAUGACUCUUCUUGUGAUUUCAUAGCGAGCACAGGUGUCACUUUGGCCAUGUGGGAUCUGGGUCACUGUGAUCCAAAGAGAUGUUCGGGUAGGAAGUUGGCUAGAUGUGGUCUGGUUAAAUGUCUGAAGCUGAAGCAGAGGUUCAAUGGAAUCAUUCUAUCUCCAAACGCAUCUCAAGCUAUUAGUGCUUCCGAUGCAGCAAUAGUGGCAAAGAAAGGCAUUGCAGUUGUUGAUUGUUCCUGGGCCAGGCUAGAAGAGACACCCUUCCAUCUGAUGAAAGGAUCACAUCCUAGACUGUUACCCUAUCUAGUAGCAGCUAACCCUGUUAACUACGGGAAACCAUGCACUUUAUCAUGUGUCGAGGCUCUAGCAGCAUGUUUGAUAGUAACUGGUCAUCAACAAGAUGCUAACACGAUUUUGAGCAAGUUCAAAUGGGGAGAUUCGUUUACAAGUCUGAACAGUGAAUUAUUGGAGAAGUAUAAAGAAUGUAAAACAAGCACUGAUGUUGUUGCAGCACAGGCGGAGCACAUGGAGACACUUAAAACGGAAUUUGAAGCUGACAGGGAAAUUCUGUACCCGCCUUCUGAAAGCAGUACCGACAGUGAGUACGAAGAGGCUGAGAACUGAACGAUGAUUCCAAUACACUUGUCAGGGAAGCGAGUAUUCCAAAGUGAAAAUCAUCUGUUGUGCUGGCCAUGAAAAGAAAAGCAGAAACUAUCAAAAAAUGGAUUUGAACAUCUAUACGAAUAAACUGAAUUACAAUUGAAUUAUUUUAAAGUGAAAAAAAUAAUAUAUAUUUAUUUAUA